AGAUAUUUAAAUAUAAAAUAAAGAAUAUUAUGAUUGGUCCGCUGGCUGUGUGUGUCAUGAUGACGACGAUGAGUCAAGUGGAAGGCGGAAAACGGUGGGAAAGUUUGUUAUAAAUAAACAAAUAUGGAUUAAAAGGUGGCACAGUGGAGCAGCAUUAACGAAUUGCUUGAAAAGAAAAGGACAGCAGAGACAUUGUUCUUCGGAAAAACAUACAAACUAUCCCGACUUUUUUUAAGAGUCGGCUCGCGAGUGAAGAACGUAGCUAGGACCAUGCUAAUGUUGCUAGCUAAGAGGAGGACAGUAGCCGUUACCAGGCAACAGCCGUUAGUUCAGCUGUCCCACCUCGACUUGAACCGGACCAGCGGCUUCAAAGAGGACCUGAGCAUCAGCAUGACACUGAAGCAGAGAACCACAGCGCCUGCGGGUUAAAAUGGACCAAAGACAAAACUCACAGGUGAAACUGAAUCCACUGAACCUUGGGACCAGACCAGGACAUACUCAACCCAACCCUAAGGAGAGGGAGCAGUGGGGCAGUAAGAUUGAGUUCAUCUUGGCAGUGGCCGGGCAUAUUGUCGGUCUGGGAAAUGUGUGGCGGUUUCCAUAUCUUUGCUACAAAAAUGGAGGAGGGGUUUUCUUCAUACCUUAUGUUUUGUUUUUGUUCACCUGUGGCAUCCCACUCUUCUUCCUGGAGACAUCUUUGGGCCAGUACACCAGUCAGGGUGGAAUAACAUGCUGGAGCAAAAUCUGCCCUCUUUUUGAAGGCUUAGGUUAUGGAAGCCAAAUAGUUGUUUUGUACACUGGGGUGUAUUACAUCAUCAUACUGGCGUGGACAUUUCUGUACCUGUUUUCAUCCUUCAGCUCUGAGCUUCCAUGGGCGAGCUGUCACAACAGCUGGAACACAGAUGGCUGCUUCGAGCACGGUCACAAUCAAACAUCCUCUCUGUACCUGUACGGAAAUAGCACCUCUUCGGUUGUAGAGUUUUGGGAGAGGAGAAUCUUGGGCCUGUCCAGUGGAAUUGAGGAAAUUGGCAAUAUUCGCUGGGACCUGGCACUUUGUCUACUACUUGCCUGGACGUUGUGUUACUUCUGUGUCUGGAAUGGAGUGAAGACUACAGGGAAGGUGGUCUACUUCACUGCCACAUUCCCAUAUGUAAUGCUGGUGGUGCUGCUUGUUCGUGGUCUUACAUUACCGGGGGCCAAAGAGGGAAUCAUGUUCUACCUCUACCCAGAUCCAUCCCGCCUCGCUGACCCAGAGGUAUGGAUGGAUGCUGGCAGCCAAAUUUUCUACUCCUAUGGAGUUUGCACAGGUGUUCUGACAUCUUUAGGAAGUUACAACAAGUACAGCAACAACUGCUACAGUUUAACCAGCUUCAUUGCUGGCUUCGCCAUCUUCUCUGUGCUCGGUUUUAUGGCAAAGGAGCAAGGUGUGGAUAUAUCAAUGGUGGCUGAAUCAGGUCCAGGUUUGGCAUUCAUUGCUUAUCCUCGUGCUGUGGCUCUAAUGCCGCUCCCCCAACUCUGGGCCAUCUUCUUCUUCAUCAUGAUCAUCUUCUUAGGAUUAGAUAGUGAGUUUGUAUAUCAAGAGGCACUGGUUACAACCAUCUCGGACAUGUAUCCUGGCUUCUUUCAAAAUGAUUGUCGCCGUAAACUCCUCCUCCUCGCCAUUUCUGUUGGAAGUUUCUUUGUCGGCCUUUUCAUGGUCACGGAGGGAGGCCUUUAUCUCUUUCAGCUGUUUGACUACUAUGCCUGCAGCGGGAUGACACUUCUGCUGUUUGCUGUUCUUCAGUCUGUCUGUAUCGGAUGGGUCUAUGGUGCAGAUCGUCACUAUGAUAAUAUAAAGGACAUGAUUGGAUAUCGACCAUGGCCUUUUAUGAAAUAUUGUUGGCAGUACUUCACACCAGCUAUCUGUACUUGCACAUUCCUCUUCUCCUUGAUCAAAUACACCCCACUCAAAUUCAACAACACUUACGAAUACCCCUGGUGGGGCUACACCAUCGGAGGAUUCUUCACUCUCUCUUCAACACUCAUGGUUCCUCUGUGGAUGCUGUAUGCUGUGUGUGUCACUCCAGGAACUCUGAGACAGAGACUGAAAGUUCUGUGCACUCCAGCCAAAGACUUACCAACUGCAACAUUAAGGACAACAUCAAACAAAGAAGCAUUUCAGACGUUCACGGGCUUGUACACACUGCGCUCGACACAAAGUCCUGAUGACAGAACGCACAGAGCUCAGAGAUUAUCCACCAUCUAAACUACGAGAGAAGAAUUUUUUUAAAUAGUGUUUAUUAAAUGACUAUAGGAUGUAUUAUUAUUGUUACUGGGGAAUCAGACAAGAAGUCUGGGAAAAUGGGUUUUAUAAAAUGGAAAGAAAUGUUUCUCCUUUUAUCACAAUCUGUGUUCUGUCAACCAUUCUUGAGAACUGGGAUGGACCAUGUCCUACAAAAAGAGCCAUAAAAUUGUAAUGAAACACACUAAUUUCAUUUCUGGGGUUUAACAUAAUUUUUUUAAAGGAUGUAUAUGUAUGAAAUGACUAUGAUUUAUAAAAUAUAUUUUUUUUAACUUCUAAUAUUGACCUGUGCCAGAAAACACCCUUGUCCCAGACAAGAAUUUACAACUUCAAACAAUUAAAUUAUGUGUUAAAAUCCUUAAAAAGCUAAAACUAACAGUACAAACUGAUGACAUCAGUGUAAAAAUGUACUGCUAAGAUAAUCUUUGUUUUAAACUAUAUUCUUUAUGUUCCAGAAUUUGUCAACUCCAGCAGAUUUCUACAAAAACAUCAUUAAAUCAGACAUUAGAUAUAUCAUAAAGACUGGUAAGCUUAUCAAUUUUUUGAUAAAUAUAUAAUAUGAUAUUAUUAUUAUUGGGUGAGUCUCAACCAUAACCAACUUCGUAGCCCUUCUAAAUCAAAACUAAAUAAGAAUUAUAGUUUUAAGUAUAUAUUGAUUAGCAUUAAGAAAACUCUAAAACUUGGCUGGCUGCUCACUUCAACUGCUGUGAAAUAAAUAAAUAUGUAACUUCUUGUCAACUCCGUAAGUCAAGACGUUGAUCUUUUAAAAUAUAUUUUCCCAGUCUAAUUGAAGAGUAAAAAUCAAAGCCCCCCCAAAAAGUAAGGUUUUGUCCCAAUCCUUAAGAAUGUGUGGUAUAUACAGUAUCUACUGUGUAUGUUGGUUGGCAGUAUGUAAAACAUUGUUUUGUGUUAUGUUUUAUAUUAAUAAUGAUUUAGAAAAUUCUAUGUAAUAGUUAGUGAUUAUGAUAAUUUAUUGGGUGACAAACGAGUUGUUUAAAAACGUGGUUAAUAUAAACAAUAUUACCAAAAACAGUAGUAUUCAAAGUAAGUUAAUAAAUUAAUUUAAACCAACAUAUAGAGUGUUUAAUACACCACUACAGGGUACAUUACUAUAAAAAGGCAUCAGGUAUAGAGAAAACAAGGUAGUUAGGUGAGUGCAGCACUGUACAGUGCACCAGCGUCAGACCACACCUGUGUGCCUUUCACACCUGAAACUGAGGGAAGCUUGGUAUGCAGGCUGUAAUUCAACACACUGCAUGUUCUGAGCUUUUCUCAUUUAAAUUACAGAGUAAUAUAAAGCGUCAGUGUUCAGCUGUUUUACACUUUGAUUGCAGUGUUCACACUGUGUGGGCUGAAACAUGAAACUUGUGUUGAAACAAUUGUGACAACAAAGUCAGUUACGUACAGAUAAAAAAACAGCACCAGGUGCUUAAGUAGAGAUAAGAACAUUGAAAGCAGUACUUUGCUUGAGGAGCUGUUGUUCUGUGUGUUUUAUUUUUUACUAUAAACCACACAGAGUUUACUGCUUAAAUAAUAACCAAAAUAACUACAAAUUUGGAGAGCCUUGUUAGUCUAAAAAUAAUUUUCUGACACUACUGGCUCCCAUUUUCCAGAAUGAAUGAAAUAAAUAAACAGUGAACACAUUUGGGAAUUUAUUGAAAUAAUAUGUGUGUUAAAAAAAAGAAAUAGGUAGGGACAUAUAAGUUUUACUUCUACCUACUCUUUUUCGGACACUGUUAUCUUUACCUCUGCCAAGGAGGUUAUGUUUUCGCCAGCGCUGGUUUGUUUUUCUGUCUUCGUUUGUCUGCAAAAUAACUCAAAAAGUUGUGAACGGAUUUUGAUGAAGCUUUCAGGAAAGGUUGAUAAUGGGACAAGGAACAGCGAAGUGGAUAAAAUAAUCAAAUGGCGGGAAAUCCGAGCUGCUUGGCAGAGGUCUGCGCUCUCUGAGUGCUUUUCUAGUUGUUUGUUUUUUUAUUUUUUUUAUUUUUGUUAGAAAAGGUCAUUCAUUCAUUCAUUCAUUCAUUUAUUCACUCAUUCAUUCAUACAUAAGAAAACAGAACAAAUAACUCACAUUACAGUGUUGUUAAACUGACAAACAGUGUGUGUUUUAUAACGUCACACGGACAACUAAUUUCCUGUUCAGCUGUUUGUACCUGUAGGUCUACUUAACUAACUCAUUUAGUUAUUUUAAAUAUUUAAAAAAUAAUAAUAAUAAAAAUCAGCCAUGAGUACACAGUCACAGUAUGAUCCCAGAACACAUCUCUUCUCCCAGACUUCUACCGGCACUCCAUAUUUCAGUUUUUCUACAGUGUAAUUUGCCUAAAACCAAUUAUUUUUCUUACCCAAAUGUACCUGUGAUUUUUAUAAAGU